AUGCCCCUCGUUGCCGCCAAGACGUCGACUAAUGCCACGGCCGCCACGAAGCGUGCCGAGGCGGAGCAGCUGAAGCGCCUCAUGGCCCUUUACCGCGCCGUGUGUGUGCGCCAUGACGAGCUCGGCAUGGAGAUUGUGCUCAACGACAUACUUGCCUUACUCACCAGUACGCACCAGCACGAGCAGGCAGAGGCGUUCAUCGCGACAUGCAACAUUACCCUGCCGCAUCGCGCGAACAACCAGGCUGCUCGCUACUUUUACUACGUCGGUCUCACACGUGCGCUGCGGCUCGAGUACGUCGACGCGCAUCAGUGUCUGCAGCAGGCACUGCGUAAGGCACCGGAGCGCGCCUUCGGCUUUCGCAUCGCGACGACAAAGCUGUCUUUGGUAGUUCAGCUGCUUCUUGGUGAAAUUCCGCCUCGCUCUGAUUUCCUCGCCAAGGACAUGCGCGACAGUCUCGCGCCGUACUUGCAACUCGCCUCGUGCGUGCGCUUUGGGCAAGUAGACCGCUUCAUGACGGUUCUGCGCGAGCACCAGGUGACCUUCGAGCAUGACCGCACCCACUCCCUUAUCCUGCGUGUCCAUCAGCACGUCAUCAAGACAGGACUGCGCCGCAUCUGCCAGGCGUACAGCCGAAUCAGCAUCUCCGACGUGUGCUCAAAGCUCGCCAUGAGCAACGUGUCGGAUGCUGAGUACAUCCUCUCCAAGGCUAUCCAUGAUGGUGUGAUUGAUGCCGUUCUAGACAACGAAAAGGGCGAGCUCAUCUCCAGCGAUAGCAUCGACGUCUACUCCACCUCUGAGCCGCUUUACGCGCUGCAGCGCCGCAUCCAGUUCCUGAACUUGACGCACAACGACGCCAAGCGCGCCAUGCGCUACGACGUGACGGACCCCGAGAUUAUCGAGGAGCGUCGCAAGGAGGCUAAAGCGGAGCGCGAUGAGCUGGAGCGUGCCAUCCAGGAUGAGUCUACUGGGAUCGACAACGUGAACUUUGAGGACGGCCUGUAG